AUGUCGGCUCAGGGCUCCGAGAUGAUCAACCUGGAGACGCUGGACGUGCAGCAGCUGAGCCAGGUCAAGAAACAAUUAGAGGAAGAGUUGGAGCACCUGACAUCGUCGUUUGCUCAACUGCACAGCGCCCAAGCUAAAUUCAGGGAAUGUCUCCGCUGUGUCAAGGCCCGCCCGGGAUCAGAUGAGGGCGAGAAGUCAGUUCUGGUCCCACUGACGAACUCGCUCUACGUGCGCGGCGAGUUAUCAGAUCCAAAGCACGUCAUCGUCGACGUCGGCACGGGAUUCUAUGUUGAAAAGGACGCAGAUUCGGCUGAGCGCUUCUACGACGCCAAGGUCCAGCAGCUCCAGAACAACAUUCAAGAUUUGGAAACUAUCGUUCAGCGCAAGACAUCCAAUGUCCGCAGCGUCGAAGAUGUUUUAAGGCAAAAGGUGCUUCAGACACAGGCUGCAUAG